GCUUUGCGGAAGGCGGCGACGUGGCCGAAGGAAGCUCGUUUGUGGCCAACCUGUGGCUGAGCCACCGGGACUCUGGAUUGGUGGUAGGACUGGGAGGGGCUGGGUCUCCGGCCGGAAGCGGAAGUGGAGAAAAGAUGCAGGACCACCAGCACGUGCCCAUCGACAUCCAGACCAGCAAGUUGCUCGACUGGCUGGUGGACAGAAGGCACUGCAACCUGAAAUGGCAGAGUCUGGUGCUGACGAUCCGCGAGAAGAUCAACGCAGCUAUCCAGGACAUGCCGGAGAGUGAGGAGAUCGCCCAGCUGCUCUCGGGUUCCUACAUUCACUACUUCCACUGCCUCAGGAUCGUGGACCUUCUCAAAGGCACUGAGGCUUCCACGAAGAAUAUUUUUGGCCGAUAUUCUUCACAGCGAAUGAAGGAUUGGCAAGAGAUCGUGGCCCUGUACGAGAAGGACAACACCUACUUAGUGGAGCUCUCUAGCCUUCUGGUGCGGAACGUCAGCUACGAGAUCCCCUCGCUGAAGAAGCAGAUCUCCAAGUGCCAGCAGCUGCAGCAGGACCGCAAGGAGGAGGAGGGUCAGGCAGGGGCCGCCGAGAUGCGGGAGCAGUUCUGCCACUCAUGCAAGCAGUAUGGCAUCACGGGAGACAAUGUCCGAAGAGAGCUGCUGGCCCUGGUGAAGGACCUACCGAGUCAGCUGGCCGAGAUCGGGGCCGCAGCCCAGUCCCUGGGGGAAGCCAUUGCCCUGUACCAGGCCUGCGUGGACUUCGUGUGUGAAAGCCCCGCAGAGCAGGUGCUGCCGAUGCUGCGGUUCGUGCAGGAGCGUGGGAAUGCGACGGUGUACGAGUGGAGGACGGGCACAGAGCCCUCCGUCGUGGAGCGGCCGCAUCUUGAGGAGCCCCCCGAGCAGGUGGAAGAGGAUGCGAUCGACUGGGGCGACUUUGGGGUGCAAGCAGUUUCUGAGGACACUGACUCUGCCAUUUCUGCCGAGGCUGCAGGAAUUGACUGGGGCAUCGCCCUGGAAUCAGACUCAAAGGACCCUGGGGGUGAUGGGAUAGACUGGGGAGAUGAAGCUGCUGCUUCGCAGAUCACAGUGCUGGAGGCAGGAACCCAGGCUCCAGAAGGUGUUGCUAGGGGCCCAGAUGCUCUGACACUUCUCGAAUACCCGGAGACCCGGAAUCAGUUCAUCGAUGAGCUCAUGGAGCUCGAGAUCUUCUUGUCCCAGAGAGCAGUGGAGAUGAGCGAAGAGGCAGACAUCCUGUCUGUGAGCCAGUUCCAGCUGGCUCCCGCCAUCCUGCAGGGCCAGACCAAAGAGAAGAUGGUUACCAUGGUGUCGGCGCUGCAGGAUCUGAUUGGCCGGCUCACCAGUCUUCGAAUGCAACACCUGUUUAUGAUCCUGGCCUCACCAAGGUAUGUGGACCGCGUGACCGAAUUCCUCCAGCAGAAGCUGAAACAGUCCCAGCUGCUGGCCUUGAAGAAGGAACUGAUGGUGCAGAAGCAGCGGGAGGCCCUUCAGGAGCAGGCAGCCUUGGAGCCCAAGCUCGACCUGCUGCUGGAGAAGACCAGGGAGCUGCAGAAGCUGAUCGAAGCUGACAUCUCCAAGAGGUAUGGUGGGCGCCCUGUCAACCUGAUGGGCACCUCCCUCUGACAUCCUCUGCGUUCUUGCCUGCCCAUCUUAGCCUUCGGGUGGACAUGGGCCAGCCAGGGCAAGUGUGGUGAGGUUCUGCCCAGCAAGCCGUGGAAGGCGCCAUCACCCAGAUGGUGGCUUUGGUACUUUCUACGAAGCUGUCUUGAUGGGGCCUGUGGCCUGUCAACCUGAAACCACAGGUCCCCCGUCUAGUUCGUCUACUUGGACUUAAUAAAAGAGGCGAAGACUUUUGCU